AUGGCUCUCCCUCUUGUUGGCAAGCUCGCCGUCGUCACUGGCGCCUCCCGAGGCAUCGGUCUGGCCAUCUCCAAGGCCCUCGCCGCCCGCGGCGCAAACCUCGUCCUCGCCUACACCUCUGCCAACUCUGCCGCUUCCACAGCCAGCCUCGCCGCCGAGCUGUCCUCCAAGCACUCCAUCAAGGCCGUGCCCAUCCAGGCCGACCUCGGCACCACCACCGGCCCUGCGAGCCUCGUCUCGCAGGCCGCCGAGGCCUUCAGCCCUCUCCGCAUCGACAUCCUCGUCAACAACGCCGGAGUCGCCCUCAACGACAAGAUUCCCGACAUUAAGCCCCAGGACUUCACCACCAGUUUCAACGUCAACGUCAUGGGUCCUCUGCUGCUCGUCCAGGCUGCUCAGCCUUACCUCCCCAACGACCGUUCCGGCCGCAUUAUCAACCUCAGCAGCGUGAGCUCCAGCUUGGGUUUCGUCGGACAGAGCGUCUACGGUGGUACCAAGGCUGCUCUCGAGGCCAUGACGAAAACCUGGGCCCGUGAGCUGAGCGAGAACUGCACCGUCAACGCCAUCAACCCCGGCCCCGUCCGGUCCGAGAUGUACUCGCGCAACUCGGACGAGUUCAAGCAGCUCAUCAAGCCCUUCAUCCAGAACGCACCCCUCAUGGCUGUGCGUCCUGGUGUCGACGACCCCGCCAUCGUCGAGGAAGCUAAGACGACCGGUGGCCGUGCUGGUGAGGCUGAGGAGAUUGCUGGAGUCGUUUCCAUGCUUACUGGUCCCGAGAGUUCGUGGAUCACUGGCCAGGUCAUCUGUGCCAACGGCGGCAUGAUCUUUGAGGGUAGCUUUUGCAUCAAAACAUUCAAAUUGACAAACAUUGAACAUGACAAACCUAAGAUCGAGAGUCUUCAUCUUGCUGUUAUCUUUAAAUGCCCCGCCAUUAGCCAGGCGGUGGCGCAAAUUCUGCCAUCCUCACUCAACUCAACUCAACUCACUCACUUCACUUACAAAUCCACAACCCCAAGAGUCAUCAGCUCAGCAUUAAUCACCAUGGAGACAAGAAACGACACAUCCGAUCCCUUCGAGGAUGUCCUCAACCUCGAAGAGCGCUUCUACUCAGAAGGCUACCAACUAGGCAUCAAAGACGGCAUCAAAGCGGGCCGCAUCGAAGGCCGGUCCUUUGGCAUGGAAAAGGGUUUCGAAAAGUUCCUUGAGAGCGGCCGCUUGGCAGGAAAGGCUGUUGUCUGGGCAAACCGCAUGCCUCCAAAGGAUGAAUCCAGCUCGGCCUGCACGUUACCACCACUGCCGAGGAAUGCAAGGCUGGAGAAGAACGUCAACACCCUAUAUGCUCUUGUCGAGCCAGACACACUCUCAACUGAAAACUCGGAUGAUGCGGUUCAAGACUUUGACGACCGUAUCAAGAGAGCGCAGGGAAAGGCCAAGAUUGUUGAACGAAUGGCCGGUGGUGGUGGAAAGGAGUCGUCCGGGCCAUCUUCAACACCAUAG